CUCCUGGCCGCCCAGCGCGCAUGCUCUCUCCCCGCACCGCGGAGGAACCUGGAGAUUUAAAAGCCGCCGGCCGGCGCGCGCGGGGCAGCGGGAGGCCGAGCUCGGCCGCGCCGGCCCGUGACAGCCGCUCUCCCCGGCCAGGGGCAGAUGAGUCACCGCGGCGCGCACCGUCCCGGGCCGGGGAGCUGGGAAAGGGGCCGGGCGCCCGCGGCAAAGGAUCCGAAUGCCAUGCCCCCACCGGGGCACCCACGGCAGCGGGCACCUGUCAUGGGCUGAGGAGCUGGGCCUGCACGGAGGGCUGGCAGCAAUGGGCUCCCGUCUGAGUCCUCGGCAGUCUGUGGCAGCGAGGAGGAGGAGGAGGAGAGGCCUGGGCGUCCGGAGAGGGGCUCGGGCGUGAGUGACGGGCUCAGAGCCAGCCCUGCCCGCCCGGCCCGCCAUGGUCCAGAGGCUGUGGGUGAGCCGCCUGCUGCGGCAUCGGAAAGCCCAGCUCCUGCUGGUCAACCUGCUGACCUUCGGCCUGGAGGUGUGUCUGGCCGCGGGCAUCACCUACGUGCCCCCCCUGCUGCUGGAAGUGGGGGUAGAAGAGAAAUUCAUGACCAUGGUGCUGGGCAUUGGUCCAGUGCUGGGCCUGGUCUCAGUCCCGCUCCUGGGCUCAGCCAGUGACCACUGGCGUGGGCGCUACGGCCGCCGGAGGCCCUUCAUCUGGGCCCUGUCCCUGGGCGUCCUGCUGAGCCUCUUCCUCAUCCCAAGGGCCAGCUGGCUGGCGGGGCUGCUGUGCCCGGACACCCGGCCCCUGGAGCUGGCGCUGCUGAUCGUGGGCGUGGGGCUGCUGGACUUCUGCGGCCAGGUGUGCUUCACCCCGCUGGAGGCCCUGCUCUCCGACCUCUUCCGGGACCCGGACCACUGCCGCCAGGCCUUCUCCGUCUACGCGUUCAUGAUCAGCCUCGGGGGCUGCCUGGGCUACCUCCUGCCCGCCAUCGACUGGGACGCCAGUGCCCUGGCCCCCUACCUGGGCACCCAGGAGGAGUGUCUCUUCGGCCUGCUCACGCUCAUCUUCCUCACGUGCAUGGCGGCCAGCCUGCUGGUGGCCGAGGAGGCGGCGCUGGGCCCCGCCGAGCCGGCCGAAGCGCUGUCCGUCCCGCCCCCCAGGCCGGCCCGCGGCUGCCCCGGCCGUGCCCGCCUGGCUCUGCGGAACCUGGGCGCCCUGCUGCCCCGGCUGCACCAGCUCUGCUGCCGCGUGCCGCGCGCCCUGCGCCGGCUCUUCGUGGCCGAGCUGUGCAGCUGGAUGGCGUUCAUGACCUUCACGCUGUUUUACACGGACUUCGUGGGCGAGGGGCUGUACCAGGGCGUGCCCAGGGCCGAGCCAGGCACUGAAGCCCGGAGACACUACGAUGAAGGAGUCCGGAUGGGCAGCCUGGGGCUGUUCCUGCAGUGUGCCACCUCCCUGCUCUUCUCCCUGGUCAUGGACCGGCUGGUGCAGCGAUUCGGCACGCGGGCAGUCUACCUGGCCAGCGUGGUGGCCUUCCCCGUGGCUGCCGGCGCCACGUGCCUGUCCCGCAGCGUGGCUGUGGUGACCGCCUCCGCCGCGCUCACAGGCUUCACCUUCUCCACCCUGCAGAUCCUGCCCUACACGCUGGCCUCCCUCUACCACCGGGAGAGGCAGGUAUUUCUUCCCAAGCACCGAGGAGACGCCGGAGGGGGUGCCCCCGAAGACAGCCUGCUGACCAGCUUUCCGCCCGGCCCCAAGGCCACGUCCCCCUUCCCCAAUGGACACGUGGGCGCGGGCGGCAGCGGCCUGCUCCCCUCCGUGCCUGCGCUCUGCGGGGCCUCCGCCUGCGACGUCUCCAUGCGUGUGGUGGUGGGCGAGCCGCCCGAGGCCAGGGCCGUCCCGGGCAGGGGCAUCUGCCUGGACCUCGCCAUCCUGGACAGUGCCUUCCUGUUGUCCCAGGUGGCCCCGUCCCUGUUCAUGGGCUCCAUCGUCCAGCUCAGCCAGUCCGUCACCGCCUACAUGGUGUCGGCCGCGGGCCUGGGACUGGUUGCCAUCUACUUUGCUACGCGGGUGGUAUUUGACAAGAGUGACUUAGCCAAAUACUCAGUGUAGAGCACUUCCCACCCACGGAGCCAGGGCCUGCCUCCCUGGGUCCCGGCUCCCCCGUCUUCCAGGCUCCAUAGGGCCGUGGGGCUGCUGGCUUCCCAGUUCCUAUUGCUGCCCAAGUGGCGUGGCUC